AUUGAUAAAUUUGUUGUCAAAUCACGGGUCAAUCAAUCAAACGGAAUCUAAUAGGCCGGUUAGGAAAAAACUAGAAAUCCAUCUAACUGUUUAUUGUUCUUGCUUUGUGAUUAAUUAAAAUAACAAACAAAAUGUCUUUCUUGGUAAAACACCUAGCUCGCAGAGUCUUCACUCCAACCUUGGCAUCGGUGAAAAAAGUAAACUUUUCCACCACUAGUGCAGUAUUUGUCCCGAAAGUUCAACAGCCCGCGCCUGCGUUUGAAGCAACUGCAGUAGUGAAUGGUGAAUUCAACAAGCUGAAACUGUCUGAUUACCAUGGAAAAUAUGUUGUUCUAAUUUUCUACCCAUUGGAUUUCACCUUUGUCUGCCCAACUGAACUGAUCGCAUUCAGUGAUAGAGCAAAGGAGUUUGCCAGCAUUGAUUGCCAAAUUAUUGGAGUUUCCACUGACUCCGAGUUCAGCCAUCUUGCAUGGACUAACACUCCUAGAAAGGAUGGUGGUCUCGGCAAGAUAGAAAUCCCUCUUCUUGCCGACUACUCCAAGAAGAUCUCAGAAGACUACAAUGUCCUGUUAGAUGCUGGGUUCGCUCUUAGAGGUCUAUUCGUGAUUGACAGGAAUGGAAUCCUAAGACACAUGUCGGUCAACGACCUGCCAGUCGGUAGGUCAGUGGAUGAAACCCUCAGGCUUGUGAAGGCAUUCCAGUUCGCUGAUAAACAUGGAGAAGUGUGCCCAGCCAAUUGGAACCCAGACACAAACGCAGCCACGAUCAAGCCUAGUCCCAAAGCCAGCAAGGAAUACUUUGAAAAAGCCAACUAAUGUCUUCCAUACAAAUUACAACCUUACGGCAUUUAUAUAAGAGUACUUUUUGCAUAACAAUUGGACAUAGUAUUAUGAAAUGUCUAGAAGCAAAACGGGUUUUUCGGAAGGAAAGGUGUGCAAUGCAAUUUGAGCUUUAUUGUAAGGGAAAAUGGUGUAGAACAGUAAUUAUUAUGUAAUUUAUUAUUUUUUCAGUUAUUGUGUAAUGCAUAGUGUAUCUUGCAGUCAUUAUAAAUGAAUAUUGUUAAGA